AUGUCUCAGCUAUCCAAGCUCAAGCAUCUAGACAAGAGGAAGAAUUCCGAGAAGAACACCAUGGUCAACCCAAGAGGGGAGUGCAAAGCUAUCACACUAAAAAGUGGGAAGGUUGUGGAAGGAGCAGUCCCAAGUCAAGACAAACAAGAAAAGAAAGCUACAACUAAAUCUGAAAUCGAGAAGGAAGAAGAGACUCCUGCACCAAUCCCACCCGAGCAAGUUCUAAAGCCUUAUGUGCCAAAAGCACCAUAUCUACAAAGGCUGAGAAAAGAUGGAAAGGACAGCCAAUUCUCUAGAUUUUUGGAGAUCUUCAAGAAGCUUCAAAUCAACACAUCCUUUGCUGAAGCUUUAGAGAAAAUGCCACUCUAUGCCAAAUUCUUAAAAGAGCUCAUGACAAGGAAGAGUAAUUGGGGAGAAAAAGAAACUAUAGUGCUCACUGAGGAGUGUAGUGCCAUAAUACAAAAGAAGCUUCCCCAUAAAUUGAAAGAUCCUGGGAGCUUCCAAAUCCCCUGUAUCAUUGAGGAUAUAAACAUUGAGAAGGCACUAUGUGAUCUAAGAGCCAGCAUCAACCUCAUGUCCUUGGCCAUGAUGAAAAGGAUGAGGAUAGAAGAAGCAAAACCUACAAGAAUGGCCCUUCAACUAGCAGAUAAGACCUUCAAAUUUUCCCAUGGUGUGGUAGAGGAUUUGUUGGUAAAAGUGGGAGAGUUUAUCUUCCUAGCUGAUUUUGUUGUGCUUGAUUUGGAAGAAGAGGCCAACACAUCAAUCAUCAUAGGAAGACCAUUCCUAGCUACUGCUGGAGCCAUAAUUGAUGUUUAA